ACAGUUCUGUUUUGCUCAAAAUCCAUUUUAAACCACAACAAUUUAAACCAAAGAGACAAACAGACAAUACUGAGUCAACUGCCCUCGUUGUCUUUAUCUGAUUGUAUGAAAAAUGGAGAGGGGGGAAGAGGAGGACAUUUCAGCCAUCGGAGGCGGUGGCAGCGUGAUGAAGAGAUGCUGGAACUAUUUACAGCGGAAUAAAUUUCUGGUUUUAAAUCUGUCAGCUGUUGUUCUGGGUAUUGCUCUGGGCUUGUUUCUCAAGCUCUAUGUCCAUAUGUCAGAGUUCGACCAACUGUACAUUGGUUUUCCUGGGGAAAUACUCAUGCGAAUGCUUCAGCUGGUCACGGUUCCUCUCAUCGUGACUAGUGUAAUAACGGGUGUUUCUCGUCUAAGUGCUGAAACCUCCAGAAGAAUCGCUCAGCGUGCAGCAGCAUACUUUGUCUCGACCACUCUUGUAUCUGUGACCAUAGGUCUGAUACUGGUCCUGAUUAUCAAGCCUGGGAUUGCUUAUGGUAGUAAAAACGAUGAGUCAGAAGUUGAGGAAGCCUUCUCCACUGUUGAUGCCUUGUUGGAUCUUGCCAGGAACAUGAUCCCACAAAACCUGAUUCAGGCUUGCUUCAGACAGUACAAGACUGAAAGGGUGGAGUUUCCAAAGGAAGCAGAUGAGCAAAAUUCUAGCAUGGAAAUGAAUGCGACAGAGGUGCAACUGGUGGGCCACUUUGUGGAAGGAUCCAACACACUGGGCCUCAUUGUCUGGUCUUUUAUUUUUGGCCUGACCCUCCACAAGAUGGGAGAGAGAGGGAAAAUCCUGGUGGAGAUCCUUACUGUCCUGAAUGAGGUCACAAAAUGUGUGGUCAACUUGAUACUGAGCUACUUGCCAUUUGGGGUGCUUUUCAUGAUUACAAGUCAUGUCGUUGAAGUCCAUGACUGGGAAACUACAUUCAAACUUGGAAAGUUCAUGGUAGUGGUUAUUAUUGGCCUUAUAAUCCAUGGAGGAAUAGUUUUACCACUUAUCUAUUUUGUGUGUGUGAGACAUAACCCGGCUGCUGUCAUCAAGGGCAUUUCUCCUGCCUUACUGACCGCACUGGUCAUCUCAUCCAGCUCUGCCACACUGCCGCUCACUUUCCGAUGUUGUGAGGACAGACUCAACAUUGACAAAAGAAUCACUCGCUUCAUGCUGCCCAUUGGGACUAACAUAAACAUGGACGGAACUGCCCUUUACGAAGUCGCUGCAGCGGUUUUCAUCGCCCAGCUCAACCACAUAGAUCUGGACUUCAGCCAGUUACUUACCAUUUCUGUGACAUCAGCAGUGUCCAGCAUAGGAGCAGCAGGGAUCCCUGCUACAGGAGCAGUGACCACUCUGUUUGUUUUGACAGCAGUUGGUUUACCUGCGAAGGAAGCCUCCAUUCUAGUCGUAGUAGAAUGGAUUCUAGACCGCUGCAACACUGCUAUCAAUGUCAUGGGAGACUGCAUUGGUGUUUGCCUAGUUUACCAUGUGUCGAAAAAAGAACUGGAACAAAUGGAUGAGCAAUGGCAGGAAAUGUCAAGUGAUGCUGAGGGCUACACCCUUGGUGGGAUCCAGGUCCACCUCACUGGUCAGGACUCUGGUGAUGACGACAGCCUUUACACCCCAGUAGAAACGCCCCAAGAUGGUGACAAAGAAGAAGAGUAUUUCAGCCAGUAAUCUGAUCCUGCAUGCCCCACAAAAAGAAGAACUGUCGUUCAUUGGACAAACAACUAAUCAGAGUGCUGAAAAAACUCUCAUUUGUUAUGAUUCACAAUAAUUUGAUUCAUUUGAUGUCACACUUAUUUCAUUUUGUAUUUUGUUAAGAAUGUAGUUGUCUAUGAUACAUACUCAUUGUGAUAAUUAAUAGAGCAGAUGUAGUUAUUGUUUUGAAUAGAAAUUUUGAAUAGAUGUUAUUGAUCCACUUAAUUGAAUUGAGCUGUGCUGAACUGAACUGUUGGCAGUUCAUUUGUACUGAUGCAACAGAUGUGCAGUUAUUGAACUGAAUUCACUUGAACUGAAUUGAUGUAGUGGUUGUAAUUAUUCCUUUGAACUGAGUGUGAUUGACUGUGGAUGACCUGAACUGGAUUUAUUUCAGUAUUUCUAGAUCUAUAAAUAAAUAUUAGAGAAACUGCAGUCAUGUAUUUUAGUACCUUAUUUUAGUAGGUGUCUACUAAUGGGGAAAAUGCUUAUGUCAACUGCUCUGAUGGACUACACACUACAUAAAUACAUACAUACAUACACACACACUGUACACCAUGCACCUUAAAUAUGGCAUUCGUUUGCACUGGACUUGAAGUUUCUUCACUGUGUUUUUUAUUAGCAGUGUUUUUUUUUAUUAUGAUUAUUCCCAAUAUUUAUUGCAUGCCUUCAACCUUUUAAGUCUGUUGAUGCUGCUGGAACUGUGAA